UUCACACGCUUCAGAACUUAUUUUGACGAUUACUGAAUAAUACUUGAAAGAACUUCGCAGUAGUGUGUCCGCGUGAGUGGAGUGCUAGAUUGAAACAACACGACGUGUCACAGUACAGAGGAGGAUUAUCGGUGUGGCGCCUUCGAGUACCGAGUAGCGUAGCAGAAUGGAGAGGUUAAAAUGGACUGGUGUUAUUCUGUCACUGGUUAUGUCAUUGAGCCACGGAUUUUACGUACCCGGAGUGGCUCCAGUGGAGUUUAAGAAAUCCCAGAAGAUUGACGUGAAAGCUGUCAAGAUGACAAGCACUCACACACAAUUGCCCUACGAGUACUAUUCUCUUCCCUUCUGUUUACCCAAAAAUGGGACAUUCGUUUACAAAUCAGAGAACCUCGGGGAGGUCCUACGAGGUGAUCGCAUUGUCACUACUCCCUAUGAGGUGGCAAUGGGGGAGAAUGUUCCCUGUCGACUUCUGUGUCAUUCUCCCAAGAACCCAAUGACAUGGACUGAGGACGAAUCGAAACGAGUUAUUGAGAGGAUUAAACACGAGUACACUGUGCACCUGCUGAUUGAUAAUCUACCAGCAGCUACGAAGAAGGUCCACAAAGACGACAGCCUCUUUGUUUACCACGGCUAUCGCCUGGGAGAAGCUCUUGGGGACCAGGUCUACAUUAACAAUUAUCUGAAGCUCAAACUGAGCUACCAUAAACAUGGAGAGAAUGAAUUCCGAGUAGUUGGCUUCGAGGUAGAAGCACGAUCAGUCGAUUAUACUCAACUAGAGUUCGAAGGCAAUAACUGUCAGCCCCCCGGGCAAAUUGGGCCGCAGUAUGUCAAUCCAAAGGGCACGAGGCUCCUCUUUUUCUACUCUGUAGAGUGGGCAGAGUCGGACGUUAGCUGGGCCAGCAGAUGGGACAUUUACCUAGGCAUGACUGACGUCGAGAUUCACUGGUUCUCGAUAAUAAACUCAGUGGCCGUUGUUGUAUUUUUAUCAGGAAUUCUCACCAUGAUAAUGGUAAGGACUUUGCGAAGAGAUAUUGCUCGUUACAAUGCAGGUGAGAGUGACUCCCUGGCUGGAUUGGAUGAGUCCAUCGAGGAGACUGGCUGGAAACUUGUGCAUGGAGAUGUCUUUCGUCCACCCACCAACUCCAGGUUAUUUUCAGCAGUUAUUGGGAGUGGAAUACAGAUAUUUUUCAUGGCUUUGAUCACGAUAUUCUUCGCUAUGCUCGGAAUGCUCUCACCUGCUAGCCGAGGAUCGUUAGCUACGUGUGCCAUCUUUUUGUAUGUCUUCUCGGGACUUAUAGCUGGAUACUUCUCAGCCAGACUCUACAAGACAAUGAAGGGGAGAGAGUGGAAGAGAGCAGCAUUUCUCACAGCAACUCUGUAUCCUGGCAUUGUCUCCAGCACCUGCUUCUUUUUGAACUUCUUUAUCUGGGGAAAACACAGUUCUGGAGCGGUGCCAUUCACAACAAUGCUUGCACUUCUGUGCCUGUGGUUUGGAAUAUCUUUGCCACUGGUUUAUCUCGGUUAUUUCUUUGGGUAUAGAAAACAACCCUUUACACAUCCUGUUAGGACUAAUCAAAUACCUAGGCAGGUGCCUGAUCAACUUUGGUACAUGAAUCCAAUGCUAUGUACAUUGAUGGCUGGCAUUCUUCCAUUUGGAGCAGUGUUCAUCGAAUUGUUCUUUAUCCUAAAUGCACUAUGGGAGAACCAAGUUUAUUACCUUUUUGGCUUCCUCUUCCUUGUCUUCUGCAUCCUUGUCAUAUCGUGUUCACAGAUAUCCAUCGUAAUGGUUUAUUUCCAGCUGUGUGGCGAAGAUUACAGAUGGUGGUGGAGAAGUUUCAUAGUGGGUGGGGGUUCAGCAGUUUAUGUAUUGGCAUAUUCAGUAUUCUACUUUAUGACGAAACUCGAAAUAACCGAAUUAGUACCAACACUUAUGUACUUUGGUUAUACAGCGCUCAUGGUGCUUACUUUCUGGCUGUUGACUGGAACUAUUGGUUUUUUCGCUGCGUACGCGUUCAUUCGUAAAAUUUACGCAGCUGUCAAAAUCGACUAGUCACAAUUAAUGAAUCAAGUGAGAAUUUCUGUAAGAUGUUUUUUUUUUUUUAUUUUAAAAUCAAUCUCUAUUGUCAAUCAUGUCGACAGUGAGUGGAGGCCAGAGAUAAUCCAGCCGAAUUAUUUAUUUUUUCGGUAACUUGGACAAUUUAAAAUAAGAGAACUAUAGGGAGAGAUAAGUUCAUUAAAAUAGGCAAGAAUUGAAUGUCAGAGUGUAGGAACUUUGUUAACAUUAUAUUUUGUAAAGUAAUAAUUUUUUAAGAAUAAAUAUUUGUAUGAGUGCGAUAACCUGA